UUACUGGGCUUGAUUCUAACCACAGAGACGAGAGGGAGAGACUGAACGCUUUCACUUUCCGUUCACCGUGAUUGGCCAUAAAGACAACACAACCUUCCUGCUUCCUCUGUCCUGAGGCCCUGUCUUCACGCAGACACGCAGACAUAGAGCAGGAACCUCAGCUCCGCUCAGCGAGAGAGUUCACAGCACAGAGCGGAGGGGGGGAGAGGGAGAGCCAGAGCCCAAGAGAUGGAGCUCACCAGUUGUGUGGCAGAGAAAGUUUACCAAAACUUCUGGGCGUUUUACCAGCAGAGCUAUCUGUCGGGGGAGCUGUCUCCCUGGGCAGGGGAGGAGGUGAGCAGGGAGGUGAGGGAGGUGCUGGAGACUCCCUAUCACCCCGGCACUUCCCGCUUCACACACCUGGACUUUUACCGCAUCGCCCGGGACUUUGUGAAAGGCGUGGAUCCGCGACCAGGAGAGAAUCCUUUCCGAGCUCUGGGAAAGGCUUUCGAGGUCCUGGAGUUGAUCGCAGUCAAUCUGUUCCUCUGUCCCUGGAGGAAGGAGAUCCGAUCUACAUUGGGUAUAUUAACCAUUUCCUGCCUGCCCGAAGGCGCACUGAACGCUGUUUCUCUCUCUCUUCCCCAGACCUUCACUGGUACCUUCGUCUACUUCCUCCAGCCGGCGUUCCCGGCGGAUGGAAUGCAGGGAAUGCUAGAGAAGCUGGGAUACUCCCGGCGGGAUUCCCAGGAGUACGUGAUGCGGCAGCCGCCGGACGUGGAUGACCUGGGGCACCUGGCGUUCGAGUUCCUGCUGGCCCGGAGCGAGUGCGAGGUUCUGUGGGAAAUCCUGGAGCGAGUGGGAGGCUCCAGCUGCCUGUCCGUCAUCCAGACCCGGAGCCAACUGCCCCUGAGCUGGGGCGAGGGGAGGGGGCCUCCCCAGGGAGGGGGCUCCGACAACGACCAGCCUCCCCUUGACUCUGACGCCCCCCUCCCUCUCACUGACCCUCCGGCAUCCCAGCCUGACUCUCACCCCGAGCUCCCAGCCAGCCUCUCGGACAGCAUCGACCUGUACACAGAAUACCCCGACAUCCACAUCGCAGCCGAGGCCAGGCCAAAACACACCGUCCCGGUAACCCCAGAGCCCCGGCUCCCCGAGGGGCCCCGCUCUCUCUCCUCAUUCCCCGACUCACCCGACCCAACAGUAACAGUGCCUGAGCUGCACCUCGGGAGCCGGGAGCGGGAGAGCAUGGAGGCCUGGCACAGCAGUGCCCGCCGAUACCCGAAUGAGGUGUGGCUGGGGGGUGGGGAGAGACUUCCCUACCCCAUCGCCGAGACCCUGGGGCCGGAGCCGGCCCACCCACACCACGCGGGCACAGGCCCCGAGGACAGUGUGUGCCCAAUUGCCGAGCAUGGCGUUUGGCCAAUCACGGAGCUCAGCGUGUGCCCAAUCACCGUGGCCCUGCUUGCCGACGCCUGUGAUUUGCCGGGCAGCUCGGCUCAGGCCGGCACCGGGCAGGAAGUUAGGGAGCCGCCGCAGUCCUACUACAUCCCCCCACUCAGCCUGCAGGCCGACUGCUCAUCAGUACCUCCCGGUGGUGGGGACAUAGCAGCGAACAUGUGCCGGGCCCUCCAUGAAAACAACUGGCUUCGCACCGAGGUGAUGGUGACGGACAGCGAGGAUCCAUUCGUGCUGAUCAGCAAAGCCACCGAGACCCCUCACUGCGCCCAGCUCAGCCCAGACCCCAGGCACUGACCCCGGACGCUGACCCGGCACACAGCGAGCCGACGUGGAGUCCCGUAGGUUAAUGGUUAGAGCGCUCACCUCGCAAGCAAGAGGGCACGGGUUUG